GAAGGAGCAAUUGGAUUAGGAAAACUUGUUCUCUCCAGUCUUAGUCCCUGUAGAAGGGAGAAAAGGCAUAUGGGCAUCUCCUGGGGCCGUAUAUGCAGUUAAAAUGGAAAUGUCAUGAAGUUUGAUAAAAUGUCUGUAAUUUUAUCAAAACACUCAUGACUCACCUGAAAUUGUAUUUUUUGCCUGAAAACUUGUUCCACGAGAAGUCUCCUCCCCUCCUUAAACAGCCACUCUCUCUACCCGCGUGGGCAUCAGUGGCAUUGGCAUCUCCACCCAGGAGUUCUCUGGGAGAGUUCCCUCCUUGGGAGAAAAUCAUGAGCUCCCUGCAGUGACUUGACUCUGGCAAAAUAAUUCCUGCAGACUCUUUUCAUCCCUCAGGAUUACGUGAAACCCGUCGACACUUUCCAGGCCUUUGUUUCUGUGGAAGAGGGAAAUCUUGGAACACUGCAGGGAGCCCAUCCUCACCCAGCAAACCAAAAUUCAGUUGGGUCCCAAGUUGCUCAGGAAUCAAAAUGGAUCUUUGAGAGCGAAAAGACACAAGGGAAAGGCAGCAGGCACCCAGGCGCCGGGGCGUCCACGCCGCGGCCCGCCCAGGCCAUGAACGCCACCAUCGUGUUGGGCCAGCUGGACGGACACCUGCUCUUCCAGGGCGACGGGGACGGCGUGGACGGGGAGCCCGAGCGGGCCGGGCCCGGGGGCCGGGGGGCCCCUCCGGAGCCCCGCACAACCGCCGGCAAAGACAGCCUCAGCCUCCGGCACCGCAGGGCCGGGGCCCGGCAGGGCGGCGGGAAGGUGAGGCACAAGCGGCAGGCGCUGCAGGACAUGGCGCGGCCCCUGAAGCAGUGGCUGUACAAGCACCGGGACAACCCCUACCCCACCAAGACCGAGAAGAUCCUCCUGGCCCUGGGCUCGCAGAUGACGCUCGUGCAGGUUUCGAAUUGGUUUGCCAACGCAAGACGGCGCCUAAAGAACACUGUCCGGCAGCCAGAUCUAAGCUGGGCGUUACGAAUAAAACUGUACAACAAAUACGUCCAAGGAAAUGCGGAAAGGCUUAGUGUAAGCAGUGAUGAUUCAUGUUCCGAAGAUGGAGAAAAUCCUCCAAGAAACCACAUGAAUGAAGGGGGAUAUAAUAAACCAGUUCACCACACUGUGAUUAAAACUGAAAGCUCAGUAAUAAAAACUGGAGUGCGACCGGAGGCAAAUGCAAACGAGGAUUAUGUGUCUCCCCCGAAAUACAAGAGCAGCUUGUUAAACCGUUACCUUAAUGACUCUUUGAGACACGUCAUGGCCACGAAUGCCGCUAUGAUGGAAAAGACAAGGCAAAGGAACCAUUCCGGUUCAUUUAGUUCCAAUGAAUUUGAGGAGGAGUUGGUGUCCCCGUCGUCAUCAGAAACCGAAGGCAACUUUGUCUAUCGCACAGGUGGUGGAAGAGAUUCUCAAUAUGUACUCAUGGGGGUGACAAAUAAUAAAAUGUCAACAUUCAUUUUGCAAGAAACGCUGGACAAUGGACCCAACAAGUGUGACAGUGCAGCUAACAGAAAGGGGACGAGCAAAGACGAAACAUACUGGAAGGAGAUCAACGCAGCUAUGGCCUUAACAAACCUCGCGCAGGGGAAAGACAAACUGCAGGGAACUACCAGCUGCAUCAUUCAGAAAUCCUCACACAUAUCAGAAGUAAAGACUGUCAAAGUGCCACUAGUCCAGCAGUUUUAAGAGCAGGUUACCAUUUGGAUCAAAUGGACGUUCCUCACAUCAUCUGUAUUUCCGAAAAGCCAGAUCUGGAGCCAACAUUGAAAACGGUCCCCCUUCAUCCGCAUCGUGGUCAGUAAGAAAUCUACCCCCCGCCCCUCAGACUCUCCUAAUUCAAUGAAAUGACUGGUUUUAGUUGCUUCUAUAAAUGACAUAUAAAUUAUAAAAAAACCUGUUUUUAUCAAAAUAUUAACUUAUUUUAUGUUACUCAAAACUAUGCAUAAAAUGUCUUGCAUUGCUAUUACAGUAAGUGCCUUGCUUUCCAAAAAUAAGCUAUAAACGUGGGCAUAGUACAAGAAGUCAUGCCUCAAAAUGACAACGCCGUAAUGCUUAGUCUACGUGUGUUAUUCCAGAUGGGCCUGGCCAUUCCCAGGGUUUUGGCCAGAAUAGGCAAGAGCCCUUGCAGUGCGCUUUACAGGUACAAAUGGAAAAAUCUGGUCCCCUUAAAGGAACUGCUCCUCUUUUUACAUUCUACAGUAUUAAAUUUGUACAGUAUGUUUUUCAAGGGAUGUAGAGGUCGUUAUGCAUGUUUCUUGCCUGUAUAUGCAGUAUGUUAUAAACUACCAAAAUACUUCACUUCUUUGAAAAGUGCAAUACUCCACAUGUAUAUUUAAGAAAUACGUCCUUCAAAUUAUCUUUAAAAAAUUCAAUAACCCGUUUUGAUCAGUAAAGCUCCCGUCGAAAGUGUUGCCAAAAGUCACUGCCACACCCUUCUAUAAUGUAGUUUAAACUACUUCUAAAGCUUUGCUACAAACUUACUGAAGUUACAUAAAUAACCAAAAAGAAUCUCUUUUUGUACAGAAACGAAAUGUAUAGAGUGGUGUCUUAUUUGUACUUGAGAUCAAUGUCUUUCUGUGAUAAAAAUGGAUACUGGUACAAUGCAACCCAGAAAAAAAGUUAAUUUAGAACUUAUCAAAUAAGGACAGCUGAUUGACAAGCUGCAUUUCAGUGAGAAAAAUUCAGUGAAAUCCAUAUAUACACACAUGAAGUUAUUCCCUAAAUUAAGAGCAUAUGGAACAUGAAACAUUGAAAAUCUCCACAUUUGGCCAAGGGAGGGUUUAGAGAAAAGGUUGGAGCUAAAUCAUGCAUUAAAAAAUAACAGUUCCAGUUUCUAAACUUGACUGCCAUUGAAGAGGGAAUAAUCAAUGGAAAAAAAGAUGUUUUUGGGUACCCUGUUUUUCUUGAAUCAAACAAUAAUAUUCUGUUCAGUUUGGGAGCACUUGAAUAAAACAGUAGAAACACCAAAUAUAACUUAGAGGGAACCAACUACAGAAAGCUGAAAGGGAUUGGGCUUGUUUGGGAAGGGAUGUUUUUCCCCUGCUAGUAACCUAUUUUGUUACUUUUUACUGGAAACUCUCUUUCUGGUGAGCCAAUAAUGCAGCCACAUGGUGAAACUUUCUUUUAUGUUGCAAAAUACUUUUAGAAUAGUCUGCUCCAGUUGCAUUAAACUGAUUGAGGUCACAGAAACUAUCAACAGUAGUGUUAACUCGCAGGACUUUUUUUAAUGUAACAUAGUGUUUUUGGGGGGGGGGGGGGGGCAGGGGAGGUUAUUUAGUGUAUAAUUGAGAUGAUUUGAUAUGAAAAUAUUUUGUAUAUAUUUUUUACUUUGUUUUCUAAAUUGCUGUUUGCGGUGUCAUUAAGUGCCAAGCAAAAAUGUAUGACGUGACUGUAUGGGCAGAUGGAGUAUGUAUUUUAUUGAUUUCCAGCCUUAAGUAUUUAGGAUUCCAUGACAACUUUUGAUACUUCACAUGACAGAAUUUUGUCAUAAUGGGAGUGUAGAACUGAAAACUCAAGACAAAUACUUCACUCUUGUUCAUACUACAUAAUAAGUUAUUCUGGUAUUAAAUAUUUUGUGACAAUAAAUUGUGUCUGUUUUGACAAACUUUUCAGUUA